AGCACAUUGUCGCUCUUUGUAGUCGGGAUUUAUAGCACCGUGCUGUUCAGGGUCUUGGCUCGAUCGGGUUAUUCGCAGAAAAAAACGGACAAGGUUCCGGUUUCUCCGUCUCUGUUCCGAGCAUAGUUCCAAGACGUGAUAUCCAACGCCACCUGAUAAUAAAUACUUAUCUUUCACCCUCCUGCAAAACCAACCAUGCCUCUCUACCGCCGUCCUUGAAUUACACUCUCCGGCUCUGUUUGCCGACCGUCGCCGCUAAAUGGGUGCCUCAACACCGCUGUCGCAGGUUCUGCCUCCCCUGAUCCUGGGGACGGCUACCUUCAACCACCAGUAUCACCCCGAUCCCUCACGCAUGCCCUACGUCGAUAUUGUGCGGAGAGCCCUCGAGCACGGAAUCAAUGCCUUUGACACCUCGCCUUACUACGGCCCUUCCGAGAUCCUGCUGGGCCAGGCGCUGCGACUCUUGACCCCGCCCCCGCCACGAGAGGGAUAUUUCCUCAUCACCAAAGCUGGCCGCAUCAAGUCGGACGAAUUCGACUACUCACCAGCGUGGGUGCGAUACAGCGUCUGCCGUAGCUUAGAGCGUCUAGGAACGCGGUACCUGGACCUGGUCUACAUGCACGAUGUCGAGUUUGUGUCUGCCGCCGAGGUCCUGCAGGCUGUCAAGGAGCUGCGCCGCCUGCGCGACCAGGGACUGAUUCGCUAUGUUGGUAUCAGCGGAUAUCCCGUCGACACUCUUGCAUCGCUAGCGGAGAUGAUACUGAGAGAGACAGGCGAGCCUCUGGAUGCAAUUCUUUCCUACGGCAACUUCUGCCUGCAAAACACUCAGCUUGGACGCCCCGACUUUUUGCAACGAUUCCAGGCUGCUAGGGUUGAGUGUCUGCUCAACGCAAGCAUACUCAACAUGGGCCUCCUGACGACUCGUGGAGUUGACAACGGUCCUAUGGUCUCUUGGCACCCCUCGCCGCCGGAGCUGCGCAAGGUCUGUGCCAAGCUGUCACAAAUCGCACAGGAUAACGGCGAGCACCUUGAGGGGGUGGCUAUCCGGUGGGCUCUGGAAAAUUGGGCUCGCGCAGGAAAGGACUUUGGCACAACGGCAUAUGUCGGGGCUGGACCUCGCAUCGGUGCAAGCGUUAUGGGAGUCACGGCUAUUACAGAGCUCGACGAGACUUGGGAUCUGUGGAGAAGCGUCAUUGGCCCUGUCAUUGGCACCAAGGACGAAGCCGCAACACAGAAGAGCAACAAGAUUAAGAGGCUUGUCGAAGACAAGAUGUGGCCCACCCUGGGCUCAUGGAAGGAUCACGCCUGGGAGAGCGGCGGCGAAACAUUUGUCAAUGCUAGAGUGACACCUGGACAGAUUCCUAACGACGAGGUGGCUGAGAGAUGGGGACUGGUUCCUUCAGCAGCGGUUGUUGCCAAGUUGUAACGCACAACGCCUAAUAUCAUAGACCAGCAUGUUUUUUUUUUCAUCUUCAUCUUUUUCUUCUUGUUUGAUUCUCGGAUAAAUUUCCUACAAAGUACAUACAUGCCGUCGCUAU